GUAGGUGCUGUAAAGCUAAACAAGACGGAAGUAGAUUCAGGGAAAUCCUUUCGGUUCGCCUCGAUUUCUGCUUCUGUGAAUUCUAAGUUGUUCGGCUUGCAGGAUGGUGGUUCUGAAGGGGAUCCCCUCUGUUUUAUCACCAGAGCUGCUGUAUGCGCUGGCCAAAAUGGGCCAUGGGGAUGAACUGGUACUUGCAGAUGCUAAUUUCCCUGCGUCUUCUAUUUGUGCCUGUGGUCCAAAAGAGAUCAGAGCUGAUGGUCUGGGAAUCCCACAACUUUUAGAGGCGAUUUUAAAGUUGUUGCCCUUGGAUACCUACGUCGACAGACCGGCAGCAGUCAUGGAUCUGGUAAAGAGUGACAAGCAGAGACGUUUAGCUGUCCCAGUGUGGGACACUUACACACAGCUCCUCAGCCAGGCAGGCUCACAGAGCUCUCUGGAGAAAAUGGAAAGAUUUAAUUUCUACGAACGAGCUAAAAAGGCAUACGCUGUCGUGGCAACAGGGUGCGUAUUUUUCUGCUUUAACUUACAGGUGGCGGGGGUGUCCAAGUGCAGUCCAGAAGAGCUGGUGUCCUGCAUGUUUUAGAUUUGUUCAAUUCUUUAAAAUCUUCAAGAGUCUUUAAAGUCUUUUUAAUUAAAAAUAAUUACUUUUUCUGAAACUGUAAAAUACAUCUUAAACAAACAUGAACAUUUGAAAUAAAUGUUGUGGGAAAACUCAGGGACUCUAAGCUCCAUUUUUCCUCUUCCCAUUCUUACCUACUUCUUUAAUUAUUUACUUAUUUCAGUUUUGGCCUUCAACUCCAAAAAUUUUAAAGUCUACACCCAAGUUCUUUUUUUUUUUUAAAGAAUUGUUUGAUAUUUUUCUGUGUUUUGUUUUUGCUCAGGGAAACUGCUCUUUAUGGAAACUUAAUAUUGAAGAAGGGAGUCAUUCCUGCUGAGAUGCUGCAGUGAAGGAAACUUAGUUUUGCCAGAGGUUCAAAUUUUUAAUACUUUUUUAGGAAUCUGAGACACAAAUGUAAUUAUUUUCUGUUUAAAUAAAAAUAUAUAUACCUGGUUAUUUU